CUCCACGAAGUCGUAGAGCUCAACGGCCCAACAAGCCCAACAGCAUAACCACCUUUGUUUCAAUUCCCUUUUCGAUCAAACGCUUGAAACUUUCAAACCCUAGCUCACCACCUCCACAUCUAAACUGUUCUCAAUUUCGAUCUAGUUUGAUGUCUAUUCAUACACUCAUACACAAUUAGAAACCAUUUCCAGAUCAAAAAAUCUUUAUUUUUUUUAUAUAUAGGCAUAAAUUAUACGUACAUAAUAUAUAUCUGCGGCCAAUGGCCGGCGGAGGCGGCGGUGGUGGCGGCGGAGGCGGCGGAAGUAGAGAAGAGGAACAAGAUGGCAUGUCCGUACAUUCACCAUGCAAGGCCCCACCGUCCUCUGCUUCUUCUCUCCGGAAGGAGCAAUCACAGGUCGAAUUGGAGCUUAAAUUGUUAGAAGCUCUUGCAAUUUAUCCUCCUUCCAAAUUGAGAGGCAUGCAUCGUCACUUUGUCAUUUAUGGUCUAAUGGAACAUCUGCGAAGAAGCUUUGGUCGACCCUUUUCUCCUACGGAUGUUCUGCAGCUACUGGAUCGUUUCUACGACUUGGAAAUGCUGGCAAAAAUCAGACGACGAGGAUGUGGAAAUCCUGAAUCAGGAGGAGGAUUUUUGCCUGCCGCAAAGCUAUUUUGUAAAGGAAGAAUCUUGAGCGACAAAAUUUGGGUGAAUUGUCAAAAAGUGGUGGCUGGCAGUGGAGGGUGUUUGGAAGCGGCCAGAAUGUUGCUGGAGGCCAUGGGCUGGCUAGAGGGUCGGAGGAUCUCAGCUGAGGAAGGACCUGCCUAUAAGUAAUUAGGGUUUCAUUACAAUUUUCAUGAUAAACAGACUGCUAUUAUAUAUUUGCAAAAUUAUUGAACCUAUACUUUUAACACAAAGGCAACUAUCUUUUCACAAAGGACAAUGGAAAACCCCUAAUGCUGUGUUUGGUUGGGGGAUUUGAGAAGAGAUUUGGAAAGAGAAAUAAAAAUAGAAAAUGUGAAUAAAACAUACUUAUAUUUCACUUAAUUUCACAUACUUUUAUCCUUUUACUUUUCAAAUCCUACUCCAAAUUUCUCAACCAAACACAGCGUAAGGAACACACAAACAGUAGCGAAUUCCAAAAUUUGUAUUUCUAGCCCUGCUAUUUCAGGAAAUGAG